GGGUACCACCCAUACAUUCUUAUAACUACGAAACCGCAACCCCACCAACGCCAUUCAAUCACCAUGACAACAACCCCAAAACCACACAUCGGCCAGGAGCUGCUCUCCCGCGCGCACGCCCCCGACACAGCCGAGCAACUCUUCACAGAGCGCAUAAAACACAAACCCCUCUACCUGCGCCCAACAUCUCCCACCCCCGCCGACAACCGCAACCGCCGACGUCUACACCGUCUCCGCAAAAAGGAAUACUUCCUCCGCAAACAGAAACCCAAGCCGCUCUCCGCGCGCCAGAAACGCGCCUCCGGCCUGUACGACCUGCCCAAGGAGGAGUGCAAAUAUGCGGUUUUCAAAGAGCUCCAUAAGCUGUGGGUGGAGUAUAUGCAUGACAUUCUUGAUGUGAAGGACCGGCCUGGUCAGUUUGCGGUGACUCCGUUGUCGCAUGGGAGUAAACUGGUGUCUGCAGAUUUUCAUGGCGCUGAGGUGGAGGUUGUGCGUAGUCGGUGUGCGGGUCGCGUGAGUACAAAGGGGAUUGUGGUUAGGGAUACGAUGUUUACGUUUGUGGUUGUUACGGAGAAGGAUGAGGUGAAAACUGUGCCGAAAGAGCAUACAGUCUUUCGGUUCAGUGUUCCUUUACCGGAGCCUCAAAACGACACUACGGAAGGUAGCGGUGAUACAAGUGCGGGCAAGAAUUUGGUCUUCGAGCUCCACGGAAGCCAAUUUGAGAACCGCCCGGUCGACAGGGCCAACAAGAAGUUCAAAUGGAGAAAUGUGGAUUAUCUAUAGGUGGAGCUGCGAAAGUUCAGGUAUGGCCUACAAGAGCCCAUUGCGAAACGGGGAAUUCCGAUUGAUGCUGGUCAUUAUAUAAGGAGGAUAGUUUCCCAUAGAUAACGAUAUUGGUGACACUGCCAUACCUUGGGUGACAAUUGUAGAUAAGUUGGGAAUGUAGUGUUUUGGACGAACGUUGG